AUGGUGAAGCCAAACAGUGCAGAGAAUGGAAACGUCGACCAAUUUUUAAAAGUAUCUAACUACGAAGACACCGUCAGACAGCUAGAUAUAUACUAUGGAAUGGUAAAAAGGCAAUUACUGAGAUAUCAAAGUCCAAUAACUGGCUUGUUUCCUGCCUUUUCAUCGGACACCGAAGUAGGAAGUGUUAGAGAAAGCAUAUACUGUGCAGCUUCAGUUUGGGGUUUAUAUCAAGCAUACAGAAGAAUAGAUGACGACAGAGGAAAGUCAUACGAAUUAGGACAAUCGGCUGUAAAAUGUAUGCGAGGUAUUUUGGAAUGUUGGGUGAAACAGGCGAGGAAAAUAGAAUUAUUCAAGAAACACCAAUGCAGUACCCACGCUUUGCACGUCAAGUUCCAUUUAACAACGGGAAACGAAGUGUUUGGAGACGAUGAAUACAAUCAUUUGCAAAUCGAUGUCAUAUCAAUUUAUUUGCUGUUUUUAGUCCAAAUGAUAACAUCUGGGCUCCAGAUUAUAUACACACAAGAUGAAGUGGCUUUCAUUCAAAACCUGGUUUAUUACGUUGAAAGAGCUUACAGAACACCCGACUAUGGUAUGUGGGAAAGAGGAAGUAAAUAUAACGAUGGUUCAGCAGAAAUACACGCCAGUUCUAUUGGAUUCGCGAAAUCAGCCCUCGAAGCCAUCAACGGGUGCAAUUUAUUCGGUGAAAAGGGGGCUUCCUGGAGCGUUGUUUACGUUGACAUAGACGCUCAUAACAGGAACAGGAGUAUAUUUGAAACACUUCUACCUAGAGAAUCUUGUUCUAAAGAUGUUGAUGCAUCUCUGCUUCCUACGAUAUCAUUUCCUGCGUUUUCGACUCACGAAGAAAUGCUGUAUCAAGAAACUAAAAAGAAUAUAGUGGACAGUUUGAAAGGAUCGUAUGGUUUCAAAAGGUUCAUCAGGGAUGGUUAUAAAACAGAAAUCGAAGAUUCCGAGCGCAGGUUUUAUGAAAAAGGCGAGUUAAAGAACUUUGAAAACAUCGAAUGCGAAUGGCCCUUGUUUUACUUAUUUAUGAUUGUCGAUGGAUGUUUCAAAGCUCUGCCGGACCAAAUUCAAGAGUAUCAAAAUUUGCUGAAAGAACGAAUAAUGCUGGACCAUCACAAAGAUCCUGUAAUACCCAUGUACUAUUAUGUAACGAAAGAAAACAUCGAAAUCGAAAGACACUCACCUGGUUCAACCGAUCGAAAAGCCGAUACUGACGGUGGUUUAUUCUUGUGGAACCAAUCAAUGUUUAUCAUAGCCCAAUUAUUAACUGCUGGCCUUCUACAUAUCAACGAAUUAGACCCCAUUCGUAGGUACUUACCGUCGUACAAUCGCCCGAAGAAAGGUGGAAGAUACUCGGCAUUUCAGGCCAAAUGUUUUGGAACCGCGACUGAUUUGGUAGUUCAAAUAGUCCUCAUAGCGGAGUCGAUGAGGCUUCAGGCCAUGAUGGCAACAUACGGCAUUCAAACUCAAACGCCGCACGAAGUGGAGCCCGUUCAGAUUUGGUCGUCGACGCAGCUAGUAAAAGUCUACGAGAAUCUCGGCGUGAAUCACAAGCUAGGCUUGAAAGGUAGACCCGUCAGACCCGUGGGUAGUUUGGGAACCAGUAAGGUCUAUCGAAUAGCAGGCGCUACGGUUUUGUGCUACCCAAUUAUAUUCGAAGUAUCAGACUUUUAUCUUUACAGAGAUAUGGCUCUUCUGAUAGAUGAUAUUAAGACGGAGUUGCAGUUUGUGGGGAAGUAUUGGAGGCUAUCCGGUAGACCUACAGUUUGCUUGUUGAUUAGAGAGGAGCACAUGAGAGAUCCGCAAUUUAAAGAGAUGCUCGAUUUACUGGCCAUGCUGAAGAAAGGCUACUGUGACAGCGUUAAAGUUCGAAUAGGAAGAUUGCAGAAUCUCAUAUCUAGUUCUUGUAUCGAACAUUUGGAUUUCAUGAAUAAUAUCGACGGUAACGACGAAAAUUAUAAUAAUUUUAAACAGCUCGUACACGAUUACAUCGGUUACCAAAGUUUAACGGAUGUUCCGAGGGCUCUCAAUUUUCAAGAUGAAGUUCAAGAUUAUACACGAUUCUUAAAUACUCCUACUUAUGAAAUCGUAAGUGUUCUAAAAACCAUAGAAAGCACAUAUGCCAGAUGUCACCUAUUUGGAAUCCUGCUAAAAAGGGAAGGUAAACACUAUUUAGUCGAUAAUGGUACAGUGGAGCAACAUCUUCAACGUUUGUACCAUCAUGCUGGAUGCUUGAGACACUGGGCGGCUGUAAGAUACACCAGUAGUUUAUUGAAUCACAAUGUAGACUCUAUAAGCCCCUUUAUUACUGCUGUUUUAGUCCACGGGAAACAAUUAACAGUAGGCGUGAUAGGUAGAAAAGAAACCGUCUUCGAUAAACCCAUGACUCCUGCUGAUAUCCAACAUGUGGUUUACAAUACAAUACAACCGUAUGAUGUUAUCCAGGCUGUGCUACAGCAGGAGAUUAUUUUGUAUUGCGGUCGCUUGAUAUCCACGAAUCCAGAAUUGUUCAAAGGAAUCUUAAAAAUACGAAUCGGCUGGGUGCUGGAAGCCAUAAAUUAUUAUCUGAAAAUAUUCCACAACAACAGGAAGCUGGAAGACCACAGUCCGUACGAAGUGAGGCAGUUGCUCUACAAAGUUUUGUCUAUUAAGGAUUGGGGAAGCAAAGAGCAGCUUACUCCUCGUCAGAAACGGCAAUUGGAAGGGUGCCUUUGUCGGGUUCCAUCUUCUUUCUACAAUCAAGUGUGGGACGUAAUGACACGAACACCUGAAGGUAUAAUGGUAGCUGGAAAUUUGAUUCCUCAACAGCCUACUUUAUCCAAUAUGACGAGAUCUGAGUUAACUUUUUCGCUACUAGUAGAAGAGAUGUUGAAUCACAUCCAACAACCGGAUUAUAGGCAAUUAACGGUCGAGUUAUUAACUAUAGUUUCUACGAUAUUAGGUAGAAAUCCUGAAUUAACUUUCAGUAAACCGUUAGAUUUGGAGCAACUUGUUAAGGAUGCCGCGCAUGUAUAUGCUAAGGACAAUAAUAUUGAAGAUGAAAGUGUAACGAACUUGCUGGAAAUAUCGUAUGUGAGAUCUACUGGAUACUUAGCAAGGGCGGUGGUAAAUACUGUUCUUAAGGGUGGAAAAAUUUCUCAAGACUUAGAAAACGAUCCAGAGCCCUGCAGAACAUCUUAA